CUCCCUUUCCUCUAAAACCUUCUUCACUUCUUAAGUUUUUUGUUUAUAUUCUUACCAAAAUUUCUCAGACUUCUUUUCUCCAAAAAAGGAAAAAAAAAAAAAAAAAAUUCUUUCUUUGGUUCGUUACGUGCUCUCAAAAAGCAUGUUCCCGCCAAAUUGUGACGGCGGCGGCGACUUCGGCGGCGACGUCGGCGACAGUAUCAGUGCGGGAGUGGUCAUCAACACCGCCGCCGGAUUUCGAUAUGUGGUGUUAAGUAUACACGUUUUCACUUCCUAUAUUCGUCAGAACCGAGAAUAUCUGCAGGAGGACGAAGAGGCGCUUGAUGGGAAGACUUGUUCCGAUCAAACGACACACCACGUCGUCGUUGACAUUCUUUCCAUUCUUUCCUGGGAUAGAGUUGUACGGAUCGUGAAGGAGAGAGACUUGAUGGGUCUACGAAGACUUGGUGGUGUUGACAGGGUCGUCUCACUUCAAAGGUCCCACUUUGAGGAAAAUGAGGUUCCUGACGCUAUUGAUAGUACUCAAGAGUCACAACAACACUGGGAAACAAGAAUUCAAACACGAAGUUUCUUUCAUUUCUUAUUGCAGGCUUUCAAUAGCUGGACAAUUGUCCUCUUAUUCAUAUCAGCAGGGCUGCUGUUCGCCAUCGAAAUCAUCGAGCGAGGACUCGAAGAUGGUUGGCAUGAUGGUGCAGCCGUGCUCUUUGCCAUUUUCCUGCUCGUUUCUUUCUCUUCGGUGGGGAACUUCCACCAUAAAAGAGAGCGCGUGAAGAAGUUUUUGAAGGACAGGAACAAGUUGGAGGUUAAAGUUGAAAGAAACGGGAAGUCUUUAAAUGUUGCCGUUUGCGAUGUUAAGGUGUUGGACACGGUGCAUUUGAAGCAAGGAGAUCAGGUUCCGGCUGAUGGUUUGUUUAUCAAAGGCGAAAAUUUGAAGUUGGACGCGGCACAGUUCAAGUCAAAGCUGAUUGAUGACGACAGAAACCCUUUUCUGUUUUCUGGUUCACAUGUUAUGGAAGGCCACGGUUCAAUGAUUGUCACAUCGAUUCGUUCGGAUGAGCAUGUCGUACCGAGUCUGCACGAUCCUAAUGCGGGAACUUUGUUGCAAUCUUUGUUGGACAAACCUUAUGGUUACAUAGAGAAAUUCGCACUUUCUAUGUCUGUUUUGAUUGCUUUCAUUGUGCUGAUACGCCUUUUCUUUAAGAAACAUGACAGCUACAAUGAAUUUCCGGAAAUGAAGGGUCAUCUUGCAAUGAAGAAUCUAAUGGAGAUAUUCGAGAGUCUUGCGUUGAAACCUCAAGGAAGGGUUUCAAUCUUGGCUAGUGCUCUUAUAACGUUUGUAAUUGGAUUUCAACAUGGGAUGCCAUUUGUGAUUGGAGUUUUUCUAAGUCACUCGAACCAGAAGUUGUCGAAUGAGGCGAAUCUUGCGAAUCUGUCAAGUUGUUGCACCAUGGGGCUGGUCACCCUCCUCGUAAUUGAUGCAUCUGGUGACCACUUGUGUGAGGAAAUUGAGGUCAAGGAGUUUUGGAUGGGCGAGAAAGACGUAGCUGGCAGAACACAAGACAAAUCAGUAGUUACUGAUUCGGUACUGGACCGAGGAAUUGGAGUGUGGGUUCAUGUUAGUCCAAAGGAUGAUUUUCUCCUCUCGUGCAUUAAUGGAGAUAGCAAUUCAAAUGAACAGUCUCAAGUUGUUGAGUACCGAAGAACAUCAAGCUCUGGCAAGAAAGGUUGUGAGGUUUUGAUGAGAAAAAUCAGCGACGAAGAAGAGGAACAAAGUCUUCUGCACUUGCACUGGAAAGGACCUCCUUCAACAAUAUUGGAAAUGUGCUCACAUUUCUAUGACACUAGAGGUGAAAGGCAUGCAAUAGUGAAUGAUCAAAAGAGAAUGUUUGAGAAUGUAAUUAAAAAUAUGGAGAACAAUGGUCUUGGACCAAUUGCAUUUGCUUAUGGACAGACUGAGGUUAGAGAACUCAAGAGAGAUGGGCUUAGCUUGUUGGCAAUUGUAGGUCUCAAGUACCCAUGUAAGGAAGAGAUUAAGUCCCUUGUGGAAGUUCUUAGAGAAGCAGGAUUGGUCAUCAAAUUAGUCUCAGAAGAUGAGCUACCAAGAGUGAAAUCCAUUGCUUGGGAAUUGGGAUUUUUUAGGCCUGGUUCAAAUGAUGAGGAAAUUACUGAAGCUGAAAAUAUUCGAGAGAUAUCGGUCGAGUCAGAGAUGCAGAGGAAACUAGUGGAGCAGAUCACUGUAAUAGGAAAUUCCCUCCCUGAGGACAAGCUACUUAUGGUCAAAAAAUUGAAAGAAAAUGGAAAAGUAGUUGCCUUCUAUGGAGGGUCAAGGGCGAGUGACGCAUUAACUCUGAAAGAGGCCGAUGUGGGGAUCACUCAGGAUGGUAGGUGCACUGUGAUGGCAAAAGCCGUUUCUGAUAUCUCCCUUAAAAAUAGGCCAGAUCUAUCGGUAAUCCGAAUAAGAGAGCGUGGUAAAAAGCAAUGCGAAAGCCUUCAGAAGUUCUUUCAACUUCAGCUCACUGCUUGGAUAUCUGGGUUGAUCAUAAUCUUAGUUUCGACAAUGCACUCAGGAGAAUCACCCUUAUCAUCAAUUCACAUGACAUGGGUGAACUUGAUUUUGUGUCUUCUUGGUGGAUUAAUGAUGGCAAUGGAGUUAAAUUGCGACGAUGAUCGACGACCCUCUAAGAGAACUCAUUCACUCAUUACCAAAACCAUAUGGAUAAACAUAGCCAUUCAAGUUUGCUAUCAAGUUAUUCUUCUGCUCAUCAUCUUUGAGUACUCCAUUAUUCUGGGAAAACAUGCCUCAACCAAAAGAGAUAAAGAUGUUUGGGAAACCUUCAUCUUCAACACUUUCACACUUUGCCAACUCAUCAAUCUGUUGAAUGUCAUCAACUUGGCAAAGAAAGAGGUUCUUAUGGUUGUUCUUCAGAGCUAUUGGUUUUUGGCGGCUUCUGUUACAGUAGUGUUCUUUCAAUUUAUCGCUAUUCAGUUCGGAAAAGGUCUUCUAAGUGGUAAGAAUUUGAAUGUGAGGCAGUGGACUUGUUGUUUUCUUCUGGCUGCUUUCUCUUCCUUGUUUGAUUGGGCCAUAAAAUCGCUUAUUUCUUAAUUUGUUUCUUGGUAGUACUUAGAGCCUGUUGUUUUACCCUUUUUGAGUUAGGUGAUUUGAGUGUAUAUUUUUAAUUGAGUUUGAGUUAUAACUCGAGUUGAAAUUGUAAUUUGAGUUUGUGUUUGAUUGUGUAAAUUUGACUUAUAAUUUGA